UGGCUAGCUGUACAGCCGGCUAAUCUGUGAUUGGGUGAGGGUAGUAGUGAAUUGUUGAGGAAAGAUGGCGGCCUCUUUGGUGCCCGUGUGCGGGAGGUCGGUGCGACUUUUGCGGUUAUUGGGGCACAGGGCGGAGUUGAGGUUCCGAGCAUUAAGCUCAGAGCAGAGAGCCGAAGGUGGGCUGACGGGGUCGGUGCUGCAGGAGAAGUUACAGAGGCGAGACAAUGAGGAAUCUUCAGACACAUCUGGUUCAGAGGAAAAACAGAAGAAACAGAAAGAAAACACAGCUAAUGCCAAAAGGGUUAUCCUGAGAGUUGCCGGGGUGCUUGGCAUUGCGGGAAGUGGCGCACUUGUUUACAUAUUUGGCAGCAAUUCUGUGGAUGAGCAGGGAAACAUGAUACCAGAUGAAUUUGACAGUGAUCCCCCUGUUGUGCAGCAAAUUAGAAGAUCCUACAAAUACUUUCAAGACUAUAGACAGAUGAUUAUUGAGCCUACAAGUCCUAAGCUUCUUCCAGAUCCCCUAAAAGAGCCUUAUUACCAACCCCCCUACACUUUAGUGCUUGAACUGACAGAUGUGCUGCUUCAUCCAGAGUGGUCGUUGUCGACUGGCUGGAGAUUUAAGAAGAGAGCAGGCAUUGAUAACUUGUUCCAACAGCUGUCUCCUCUUUAUGAGAUUGUUAUAUUUACCUCUGAAACAGGACUGACUGCAUUUCCUCUGAUUGAUAGUGUGGAUCCUCAAGGUUUUGUGUCGUACCGUCUUUUCCGAGAUGCUACACGUUACACAGAUGGACAUCAUGUUAAGGACAUCUCUUGCCUCAAUAGAGACCCCUCCCAUGUAGUUAUUGUGGACUGUAAGAGAGAAGCAUUCAAACUGCAGCCAUACAAUGGGCUUGCUAUAAAAAAAUGGGAUGGUAACUCAGAAGAUCGUGCUCUUUAUGACCUUGCAGCAUUUUUAAAAACAAUUGCAAUGAAUGGGAUAAGCGAUGUCCGUACAGUCCUGGAGAACUAUUCUCUGGAAGAGGAUGCCCUGGAAGCUUUUAAGCGCCGUCAAACACAGCUGGAGCAGGAGGAACAGCAGAGACUAUCUGAAUUGUCCCAGCUCAAUAAGAGACAGACACUAUCUUUGGGCUCUUUUACCAGCCGACUGUGGCCACGUUCCAAACAACAGUGACAUCUGCUUCUCUGUAUUCAAGCAGUGUACGGCGAUACUCCAUUCCCUUGCACCAUUGUAUAUAAAAAAUGUAUGGAACAAUCUCUUAUGCAGAACAUGGACUAUCUCUCUAGACACAUGCUCUAGAACAUCUUGAGUGUUCCUACGGAACUGGAACCAUUGAGUACUACAAUAAUGUUAACCCAGGAGUAUUGUAAAAAAUACUUUUACAAAAUAAAAAAACAGUGGGUACUACAGAUGAACUGUAAAUUAUAACAAGUACUGGUUGAUGAUCUAACUGUGAGUGUUGGACUAGCACCUACUUAAAACUGAGAAAAAUAUUAGAAAAUGUAUCUUUAGAAUAAGAUGCUAUUACUUGAAAGCCCUGCAAGAUUCCUAUUUAGUUACUUAGUACCAUCAGGUUCUUAUAUAACACAGACCAGGAAUUGCCAUGCAAUGAAAAUAUGGCCUCCUUGCAAUAAAUGGGUGCAUAAGACGGCCUCAUCCAUAUUAUCAAGACUAUUGUUGCAAAAGAUGAAUUAACUUUUAAACGUGUCAAAGAAAGGGUUGUUUUCAUUGGCCACAUCAUCCCAAGUCCUGUGAAAACCAGAUGCACUCUGCAUUUCUGUGUUGCUUAGUGGUAAAGUGGAUUUUUUCCUAACUUUUCAGUCUAGACCAAAACUGCUGCAUACUGCAACUCCCUUUGGGCUUAUGAAUCGUUUCCCAUAAACCAGAAUAGGACUGUGGUGUCCACCGGACCUGAAGUGCUGUAGAGCCUAUAUGAAGAUGUUACUGACACUGUUAAAAUGUUUUGUUUUGUUUUCAUCAAAUACAUGAUCUUGGUAUAUUUAUAUAUUUUUUGUGAAACAUUUACUUAAAGCUCACUCUCUGAUAAUGACAUGAUAAACUGGGAUACUGGCAGCUGUCAUAUCUUACCUGAAGGGUGGGUUUUGUGGCUGCCUCAGAUGCUUGUAAUGAGCGUUGGAGCAAAAAUGUAAAAUAAAGUUUGCUUGCCAAAGGCUGUAAAUGGGGUCUAAGAUGUUAAAGGGAUACUGUCAUGAGAAAAAAAAAAUCAAAACACAUCAGUUAAUAGUGCUGCUCCAGUAGAAUUCUGCACUGAAAUCCAUUUCUCAAAAGAGAAAAACAGAUUUUUCUGGUAAAUCUAGGUCCUACUGCGACACUUUGUUACAUUGAGUAGGAGAAACAACAGCCUGCCAGAAAGCAGUUCCAUCCUAAAGUGCUGGCUCUUUCUGAAAACACUUGACUAGGCAAAAUGACCUGAGAUGGCUGCCUACACACCAAUAUUACAGGAAUGGUUCAGGAAUGACAUUUUAUAUUGUAGAGUGAAUUAUUUGCAGUGUAAACUGUGUAAGGGAGUGAUUCUACACAGGAGCAGUUGCCAUAGGUAAUGAUGGGAAAUGGCUGCUGAAUGUACCUGUUGGCACAAUACAUUAGGAACCGUGGAACUGCCUUUGUAAAUGUGGGUAACUAGCACUGAAUGUAAGCAGGAGCUGAGGUUUUGUAAAGGAAGAAUACUGGUAUGCUUUACAGCUGUUUUACGGGGACCCGCAGCUACACAUCUUUAAAAUGUGAGCUUGGAAUGAAUCUCCUAGGAGUGGAAAAUCUUUUCUUCAGGCAUAUUCAGUCGGUAUGUUUACAAGGAUAGCACAGGCUUUAUAUUUAACAGCCUUAUUAAUAAGUAAGUGGAGUUAUAAUUCAAAUUCUUAAAGGAGAAGGAAAGGUUAAAACUAAGUAAGCCUUAUC